ACGGUGAGAGGCGUUAGCGGCAGCAGCAGUAAGCCUGUGGGCUACAAUCACCACGAAAUCAGAAACGAAACCACAGCAUAGCCCAUAUCUGAGGGAGAGAAACGAGUAUCCAUUAGCUGGUUGAGUGGUUUCAUCGGGUGGAGCGACAUGUCAGAGACGUACGAUUUCCUGUUUAAGUUCCUGGUGAUUGGCAGCGCUGGGACUGGGAAAUCAUGCCUUCUUCACCAGUUCAUAGAGAACAAGUUCAAACAGGACUCCAACCACACCAUCGGUGUUGAGUUUGGCUCCAGGGUUGUCAACGUUGGUGGCAAAACAGUCAAACUGCAGAUCUGGGACACGGCUGGACAGGAACGUUUUAGGUCAGUGACCCGCAGUUACUACCGUGGAGCAGCGGGAGCCCUUCUAGCUUAUGACAUCACUAGUCGGGAGACCUACAAUGCUUUGACUAACUGGCUGACAGAUGCACGGACGCUGGCCAGCCCCAACAUCGUCAUCAUCAUGUGUGGAAAUAAGAAGGAUCUGGAUGCAGACCGGGAGGUCACCUUCUUAGAGGCUUCUCGCUUUGCCCAGGAGAAUGAGCUGAUGUUUCUGGAGACAAGUGCUUUAACAGGAGAGAAUGUAGAGGAAGCCUUUCUCAAAUGUGCUCGCUCCAUCCUCAACAAGAUCGAGUCAGGUGAGUUGGAUCCGGAGCGGAUGGGUUCUGGGAUCCAGUAUGGCGACGCGUCCCUGAGGAACGUCAGACAGCCCCGGGGCUCUGCUGCACAGACCAAGCAGCAGUGUAACUGCUAGGGGUCUGUAUGCCCUGACUACUACUUGACAACAGAUCUUUUACACUCAACCCCCCCCCCUCAGCUCCGGGUGUCUCUGGGUAUGCACGCCCCUUUAACCCCACUCUCCCAAUGUAUCCCCCCCACACCCAGACACAUCUGGAUCAUUUCUUAUGAAGUCCAUCUGCAACUUUUGACAAGUUUGACCUCAGAUAUUAAGCUGUUCGCCAAGGACACAUCUCUUGGCCCAUCUGCACUGGGCUGGAAGGCACCUAGUGUGGGCCACGGGCAGUAGAGGUGAAUCCUGACUUGACUGAGAGAAUGAGUGUGUGUGCUUUUUUAACUUGUCCUAUAAUUCUCACUCACACACACAGUUCCUUCUUGCAAAGCCAUCAACUAGACUUCACUGGACUGUGAUAAAUCAUUCAGUGUGUGCAGUGGAUGAAACAUUCCAUAAGUUUUGAAAACUAAAUAUUGUUGAAUCAUUACACAUAUUGUGAGAUAUCUGACCUUUGUUGGGAUAGUUCAAACAAAAAUAAUAUUUUUGUCAUGAUUAACUCCAUAUCCGGAUGACUUUAUUCCAUGGAACACAAAAGAUGUUAUGCUAGUCUCUGUCACCAUUCACUUUCAUUACAUAAAUUUACCAUACAAUAAAUCUAAAUGUGACCUCAAUCCGGGUUGCGAAGGACAAGUCUCAGUAGCCUCAGUUUCUGAGAUAGUCAAUCCGCACAUCCGGUUCAUGCUACUCUGCACGAUCCACGCACAACUUACCACGCGCCCCAUUGAGAGAGAGAACCACUAAUUGCGACCACGAGAAGGUUACCCCAUGUGACUACCUUCCCUAGCAACAGGGCCAGUUUUGCUUAGGAGACCUGGCUGGAGUCACUCAGCACACCCUGGAUUCAAACUCGUGACCCCAGGGGUGGAAGUCAGCAUCAAUACUCGCUGAGCUACCCUAAAAUACAUAUAAUAUUUGAUUGAUUUAAACUUUGAUGGCGAUUUUAGGAGAAUAUCACGAAAAUAGUCAGGUCAUAUUUCACUGCAAAAUCAAAAGAAAAAAAUUAACAUUAGAUUUUGGAUAAAGCAAAUGAGGUCCUUUAAGAUUUUCUCACAUUCUGACAUUGCUGUUGUGAUAAUUUAGCACAUUUAAACCCCCCUCCCUCAAUUCUCAGUAGCCUACUGUAGUGUGGAAACAAAUCUCAUUCUUAUUACCGUCAUGUGAAAAAAAUAAAUUUGUUCUUAUUAUUUAAAUGGUAAAAGUACUUUUCUAAGUAUACACUGCUUGGCCAAAAAAAUUAAAAAUAAAUCGCCGUUUGGAUUUAAAUAAGCAGAUAUUUAAGAGCCUAGGAUUGGAUAAUUAUGCUAAGGCUCAACAAUGUUAUGCGGCAAUAAAAUGAAGUCAGCUGUGUUGUACUGAAUGACCAGGUUAUCCCAUCAAUGGAUUUUUCUUCCCUGGCGGCACGGGUAUAUUCCAGUGCGACAAUGCCAAGAUUUAUCGAGCUCAAAUUGUGAAAGUGUGGUGCAGGAAGCAUGAGGAAUCAUUUUCAUACAUGAAAUGGCCACCACAGGGUCCUGACCUUAACCCCAUCGAAUGUAUUUGGGAUAUGCUGGAGAAGACUUAACGGAGUGAUUCGACUCUUCCGUCAUCAAUACAAGAUCUCGGCCAAAAAUGUAUUAAACUCUGGCUGGAAAUAAAUGUUGUGGCAUUGCAUAAGGUUACUGAUUUUAAUUUAAAACAUUUAAAAAUCACAAUACAGUAAUGAUAUAUAUAUAUUUUUUUUUUAUUUUUUUUUUGCCAUUACAGUAAUGAGAAUUUAGAGUGGGGAUGAUUGUCAUAAAAAUAAUGUUACAAUGCAAAAUAUAAAUAUUAGAAAAAUGAAUGAGAACAUUUUGAAAUUAAUGAUCCUACAAAUAGGCUAAAAUGUAUUUUUGCAAAAUAUACAUUUGGGGUGAGAUAUGAUCUAGCCCAGAAAUUCAAAGUUCAUCUUUCACGUCAUAAUAAAAAUAAACAAAAUAUCAACAUUAUAUUUUGCAUAAAGAAAAUGAUGCCUUUUUUAAACACCAUUAAGAUUUUCUAGCAUUGUGACUACUUGUGUGACAGUUAAACACAUUUAGACACCCUUCACCCAAUUAUCAGGAUCCAGCAGUUGUGUUAAAAAAUCUCAUUUUCAUUACCGUAAUAUUGUUUAAAUUAUAGCUAAAUGUAAUUAUGCAUUGUGCUGGUAUUUGUUGUACUGAAUUUAAUUAUUGAUAAAUGCUGAUUUUAAUUAACUUUUUGUCCUUCACAUUAUAAUAAUGAGGUUAUGAUCUUUGCAUUAAAAUAAUGAGAAUGUAAUGAAAAUGAUGUCACAAAGCUGAAUGGGCUUCUUUAUAUAUAUAUAUAUAUGUAUAUAUACACAUACACACAUGUACACACCCCCAGGAGAUCAGCAGUUACAGAAAUACUCAAAUCAGCCCCUCUGUCACCAACAAUCAUGCCACACUCCAAAUCAGUGAGAUCACAUUUUUUUCACAUUCUGAUGGUUGAUGUGAACAUUUACUGAAGCUCCUGACCCAUAUGAUUUUAUGCACUGCACUGCUGCCAUACGAUUGGCUGAUUAGAUAAUCGCAUGGAUGAUUGUUGAUGCAAUACGGGCUGGUUUGAAUAUUUCUGUAUCUGCUGAUCUCCUGAGAUUUUCACGCACAACAGUCUCUAGAAUUUCAGAAUUUAUUCAGAAUGGUGCCAAAAAGAAAAUGCCUCAAGUGAGCGGCAGUUAUGUGGACGGAAAUGCCUUGUUGAUGAAAAAGAGCAACAGAGAAUGGCUAGACUCUUUCAAACUGACAAAGUCUAUGGUAACUCAGAUAACCACUCUGUACAAUUGCGGUGAGAAGUACAUCAUCUCUGAAUGCUGUUCUGAGAUGCUGGUUGGCGCUGUUUUGGCCUACACAAUAUUGGCAGGUUGUUUUAAUGUUGCGGCAGAUUGGUGUGUGUGUAUGUGUAUAUAUAUAUAUUAUUAUUGGCAGUGAAAUAUGAGCUGAACAUUUCAUUGUAAGAUUCACUCUUUUUCAGUUUAUAAAGCGUCAUGUAAAAAAAAAAAAAAGGACACCACAA